AUGACAAGCUAUGAGACCGAGCAUGCGACUGAUCCGCCAAAUCGAUGUCAAGGUCAAUCUCGCAGGCCCGAUCUUUCCUCAUUCCUCAGUCUUCUUGCUGAAAUCACACCUGAUCGUCCUGAAAAUCGAGCCAGAGCACAUGCCAUCCCUGUUCCGGGUGAUGUGUCGGCGGCUUUCCGCUCCCUCGCUGAAGCUUUUCAAUUGAUGCUCAGAGAAAAUGACAACGCCGAUUCAGACUUGUUGGAGAAUAUGAUAUCAAGCUUGUUGGGCUCUGCAGAAACGCCUCCUCGCGAAGUCAAAGGGGUGGACGAGGAGUAUAUUGCGGCGUUGGAGCGGGUCAACAUCAAAAAGGUCAAACAAGACGCCGACUGUCCUAUAUGCGGAAAUGCUUUCGUGGACGACCCGCAUCCACUCUUGGUGCGGUUACCUUGCCACGCAAAUCAUAUCUUUGAUCUGGAAUGCAUACGACCCUGGUUGUUGUUGAAUGGAACAUGUCCACUUGAUAGAAUGGAUCUGGCGCAACGUGAAAGAGAUCGGAAACAGAAGCAACUAGAUGAAAUCAAGAAGACCGCGGCUCCAGACGACGAGGAAGAAGAGUGGGAUGGGCUCUAUGGUUGA